CGUAUAUAGUCGUGGACGAAGUGUUAAAAGCGGUGGCAGCAGAGAGUGUUAAAGUUUGUUGAUUUAAGGAGGUUUUUUUUAUUUAAAAAAAAAAAAUCAAAUAAAUUUUAUUUUAUUUUAAAGUUCACCAAACAUGCCGAAAGUGGUAUCCAGGAGUGUCGUUUGCUCGGACACUCGCGACCGGGAGGAGUAUGACGAUGGAGAAAAGCCGCUCCAUGUCUAUUACUGCCUGUGCGGGCAGAUGGUACUGGUUUUAGACUGCCAGCUUGAGAAGCUUCCCAUGAGGCCACGGGACAAAGCAAGAGUGAUUGAUGCAGCCAAACAUGCACAUAAAUUCUGUAAUGUAGAAGAGGAGGAAAGUGUUUAUCUCAAAAGACCAGAAGGAAUUGAACGGCAGUUUAGAAAGAAAUGUGGAAAGUGUGGUCUGCUGCUGUUUUAUUAUCACCAGCAGAAGAACACACCAGUUACGUUCAUUGUUGAUGGUGCAGUGGUGAAGUUUGGUGAAGGAUUUGGCAAUACCAGUGUAUACAGCCAGAAACAAGAGGCCCCCAAAAAAGUCAGGGUGAUGAUGACCAAGCGAACAAAAGACAUGGGAAAGUUCAGCUCAGUCACCGUUUCUACCAUCGACGAGGAGGAAGAGGAGAUUGAAGCAAGAGAAGUUGCUGAUUCGUACGCCCAGAACGCUAAGGUGAUCGAGAAACAGCUGGAAAGAAAAGGCAUGAGCAAGAGAAGGCUGCAGGAACUGGCUGAACUGGAGGCGAAGAAGGCCAAAAUGAAAGGAACACUCAUCGAUAAUCAGUUCAAAUGAACAGAUCUUCGUGGGACGAGUGAAGACAUAGUAAUUCCCAGUCAUUCUCCCAAAUUUAUUAAUGUGUCCGUAAGCGAUUAAUUCAAACUAUAGCGGAUUUUGCUGGACAGAGAAAAAAGCAUCAAUAUUUGUUUUUUCUUCCCCUUUCUAAUCCCAAGUCUCGUUCAUGUUUCAGGCAUCACUCUGUUUUUGCUUUGAUAUGGGUUGUUUGAACACCUCAUAAUUUGUGUGAUCAAAUGCCAGUAGUUUCUCUUUGAUUCCCCUCCAUUCCCCACAUUGUGUCAAGGAUAUAUUUUUCAUUUUUAUUAAGAAACCUCCUAGGUCAUCUUUAAUGUGGAGAAAUUGCUGAUUUGAAUGGAUAAACUGAAAAUAGGAUUUAUUUUUUUU